CACUCACCAUGUCUGGCAAGGGAAUCAACGUCGCCAUCAUCGGCGUCGGCCUCGUGGGCAGCGCCGUCAUCCAGCAGCUGAGCGCGCUGCCGGCGCUGCACAUCGUGCUGCUGCAGAACAGCCGCAAGACGCUCCUCUCGCCCGCCGCCGCCGCACUCUCGUCGGGCAGCUGGGCCGAUGCGCUUGCCUCGUCGUCGACGGCCGCGCUGCCGCUGCCCGAGCUCGUGACGAAGCUGCAGGAGCUCGCCAAGGAGACAGGCCGGCACACGGCCGUCGUGGACAACACGUCUAACGACGACGUCGCCUCCUUCUACCCCUCGCUCCUCGGCGCCGGCUUCAGCGUCGUGACGCCCAACAAGAAGGCGCUCUCCGGCUCGCUCGACCUGUACAAGCAGAUCCAGGCCGCCACCGCCGACGCCGCCAGCGGGCCGCUGCUGUACGGCGAGAGCACCGUGGGCGCCGGCCUGCCGAUCAUCGGCACGCUCAAGGACCUCAUCGCCACGGGCGACGAGGUCGAGAAGAUCGAGGGCGUGCUCAGCGGCACGCUCAGCUACAUCUUCAACGAGUUCAGCACGGCCAAGGGCAGCGACGUCAAGUUCUCGACGGUCGUCAAGGUCGCCAAGGAGAACGGCUACACGGAGCCGCACCCCGACGCGGACCUCUCCGGCUCGGAUGUCUCGCGCAAGCUGACCAUCCUCUCGCGCCUCAUCCCGUCGCUCACGUCGGCGCUGCCCAAGGGCUUCCUCUCGGUGCCCACGGCGAGCCUGACGCCCGAGCCGCUGCGCGACAUUGCCAGCGGCGAGGAGUACGUCGCGCGCCUGCCCGAGUUUGACGCGCACUUUGACGAGAUGCGCGCCGAGGCGCUCAAGGAGGGCAAGGUGCUGCGGUAUGUGGGCGUCAUCGACGUGCUCAAGGGCGAGGUGAAGGCGAGCCUCGAGCGGUACCCCGUCACGCACCCCUUCGCCACGUCGCUGACGGGCUCGGACAACAUCAUCUCGUUCACGACGAAGCGCUACGAGCGCCCCCUGCUCGUGCAGGGCGCCGGCGCCGGCGCCGCCGUCACGGCGAUGGGCGUCACGGCCGACCUCAUUCGCGUGGCCGAGCGCCGCGGGUAGGGGACCAAUGCAUGCAAAUUAAGACAGAGAGCAAUGUGGGGCAAGUCUAGGGUGCGCGAGGAGCGCUCUACUGGGCCGUGUCGAUCGGGACAUACGGCGAGCCGGCGUGGUCCGGGUAGCCGGCGUUGACGACGCCGUCCUUGGCGGCCGCGGCGCCGGCCUCCAUGAACUUGCCCGCCGUCGCCUUGAACUCGCCGACGGCCGACUCGUCGCUCUUGUCGAACGGCUGCAGGCCCUUGCCGACCUGGCGGAUCUGCGUGCCCGCGAUGAGGUUCGUCAUGCCAAAGUCGUCCUCGGGGAUGAGGCCCUGCGGCGCCGCGUCAAGCUUGCCCGUGUAGAGCUUGCGCGGGAUGUCAAAGUCCUGCGUGGCGGGGCGUGCGAGGCCGAUGCCCUGCGUCGCGCCGU